AUGGUUGUAUGGGACGGAGUUUCUAUGGAAGAAAGAAUUGCUCAGUGGAAGUCACGAGGAAAGGAAGCAUUUGCAAAGGAGGACUACUUUAAUGCAAUGUACUACUAUAACCUGGUAACUGAGAUAGACCCAUAUGACGCCACCAUAUUUGCCAACCACAGCCUCUGCUGGCUGCGUUUGAAAAAUGGGGAUAAAGCUCUGGAAGAAGCCCGCAAGUGCAAAAUGAUGCGGCCCCGUUGGUCCAAGGCCUGGUAUCGUGAAGGAGCAGCCCUGAGUUUCAUGAAGGUACAUAUGCUUUUAUUGAUUCGACCAUUGCAAUCGAACUCAUUCGCUCUGCUUGUAUGUGCAUCUCUCUCAUGGUACUGA